AGUGGAUGGUAAGAUUUGAGAAGAAGAGGCGUAUUUGAACCUCUAGAAUACAUUGAGAGCUCUAUUUGUCUAGUUAUUUUAUGAAGAAGGGGUGUCUUAGUUUAAAUAUCAAGAAAUAUUUUCAGCAAACAAGAAUCUGCAUUUAUUACCGACUUAAUCAUACAGAUCAUACAGAUUAAUAUUAAGAUAUUUUAUACCAAAAGAAACCUUUUAAAUCACGUAGGACUUGUGUUUGAAUGUCUAAUUUCUGUUUGUUUGCGGACAUAGUGUAGACAUAUUGGAAUGGAUUUAAAAAAGAAUAUAGAUUCCACGAGUAACGAAAACAAAAAAGUGAAAAAUGGAUUUAAAUGGAGUACAAUUAUCGCGGCAUUGAGCGUGCGGUGUCUUCUGGUGCUGCACAACAUUCUCGCGGUCUGGAGAGUUGUAAUAUCACAUGAUAACGCGAGUUUCUGGGGUCUGGCAUCUCUAAACAUACUGAUUCUAAUUGAAACAUAUCUCGUCAUUCGACGAAACUAUGGGAAUGAAUGGAAAUGGUGGUGUCCGUGUUUCUUGACGUAUCUGUUAGCAACAUUACCGUCUGUAUGGCUACUUCAGCUCAGCUUGUAUGACAGCCUUGUCUCUACAAAUACAGACACUAAUAGUGUUCAGCCUACACCACAGGGUCAGAUAGCGACAACAUCACCCAUAUCCGCGUCUUCUGAAAUAGGCAACUUUACCAACACAACGUCAUCUGUGUCGACAACCAUGGUAACAACUACCAAUGAGAGAAUAGCGUCAAGUAUUGAUGAAAUUCUUGCACUAGAAGAUACCACAUGGAUAGUUGUCAUUCAGGAGUCACUGGUGUACCUGCUUGUGUUUGGACGCUGGAUCUUACCGCGUUCAGAAGUGUCACGUGCAGCACUGUCUGACCUCCUAUUAGAGUAUCUAGCUAUAGCUUCUGACAUUAUGGAGUUGUAUGCCAUAUUCGACGAGGAUGUUGUACAAAGCAAUUUCGGAGCUACUUACGCUAUUCUCACCAUUUGGUCAAUCAGCUUUUUGCAAUUUGUACCUGUCCUAGUAUUCAAACAAAAAUACCGCCAUUUACAAAGUCCCCGGAUGAGCAAAAUAAAUCGCGCAUGCGGAGAGUACUUCGCAGAGGUUGUUGUAACUUUAACAAGCAUUUUACUGCAGGAUGGACCUUUUCUCUGUCUAAGACUUUACAUCAUGUUAAGGUUCGAGCUGAUCACAUAUAGCUUGGUGUUUUUCGUACUGAAGAACAUUGUGGCGGUUCUUCUGUUGAUAUAUCGUCUGGUAAUUCUUUGUAUCCGACUACCAUGCUGUUACCAUGACAACGGAGAAGUUGUAGAUGUUGAAAGUGUCGAUUUUUCGCGUCCAGUGGUUCUACAAGUUAAAGCAGAUAUGUUUCGUAGGUUGGAAUAUUAUAAAACGUACAAUUAAAGAUAAAUGCGAUGUACAUUUAUGCAAUUAUAAAGUCAAACCAACAUAAUUAUAAUUAGCGCUGGACACGUCUUUAAAAUAUCAUUAUCAUCGCUUUUAUAACAGUCACCAUCGUCAUGUGGAGUUAAAUUGCCACGAUGUUAGAAUCACUAAUUUACAGCAUACAGUAUUAAAUUCUACAAAUACUCCUUUUUAA